GAAUAUCUGACAGAGCAUAAAUCAGACGUAUUCUUAAAAAAGAGAAGAGAUAAAUAGAAUCUUGUACUAGAUAGAAAAGAUGCAUUAUAAACUUUCCAAGGUUAGGUAGCGUUGAAAUGAUUUUUACCUUUUGUGUUCUUUUAAAGAAAUAUAUUUUCAGUGUAACUCAACACUUACAGUCACAAGUAUAUGUAUAGUUCUUAACUUGCAAAACUAUGUUUCAUAUUACCUAAUACCACACUUAACUUUUAAUACCAUCACUUAGCCAGGAAUCUCCCAGGGCUACUUUAGGUUUAGAUUUAUUCCAUUGUCUAGUUCUUAGAACAAACGUUUGGGAUGCGGGUUAAAAAAAAAGAAGAUUUAUUUCAUUGUCCAUUUCUACUUUAGCCCCAACUAUGAAAGAAGACACAUAACACACCCGGUGGUAGAGAAACUGGUUUAUAUGCCCCUCUUAGAAUAACUCUUCAGGCUCUGUUACAGCCCUGGGUUCAUGCAUGAUAAAGUAGACAGCAAGACCACCAUAGUGCAGAGGAGUGGAAAGAGAAUGAACAGAAAAGGAGAUGAAAGUAGACCAAGUGGAGAAAGUCCUGGUCAAAAAAGGAAGAUCACUAUGGAACAAUAGAGUUGAAAACCGAAGUGACACCCAAUAAAGGACAGCACUUCUGGGGCCCAGUAGCCAACUGGGGUCUUCCCAUCGCUGCCAUCAAUGACAUGAAAAAGUCUCCAGAGAUUAUCAGCGGGCGGAUGACAUUUGCCCUCUGUUGCUAUUCUUUGACAUUCAUGAGAUUUGCCUACAAGGUACAGCCUCGGAACUGGCUUCUGUUUGCAUGCCACGCAACAAACGAAGUAGCCCAGCUCAUCCAGGGAGGGCGGCUUAUCAAACAUGAGAUGAGUAAAAAGGCAUCUGCAUAACAAUGGAAAAUGAAGAGCAAGCUCUUGAAGGGACAGCAUUGCCAGCUGCUGCCGAGUCACAGAUUUCAUUAUGAAUAGCCUCACUAAGGAAAAUAUGCUGAAUGCUAUUUUUACUAGCCAUUCUAUUUUUAUAGAAAUAGCUGAGAGUCUCUUAACCAACUCUCUGCUGCCUUACAAGUACUAAAUAUUUUACUUCUUUCCAUAAAGAGUAGCUCAAAAUAUGCAAUUUAAUAAUUUCUGAUGAUGGUUUUAUCUGCAGUAAUAUGUAUAUUAUCUAUUAGAAUUUACUUAAUGAAAAACUGAAGAGAACAAAAUUUAUAGCUACUAGUACUUAAGUACUCCUACUUCUUGACAUUGUCUUUAAUGACCACAAGACAACCGACAGCUGGCCACAUACCUAGAAUCUUGUCCCCACUGUUUAAAAAUGUUAUCUGUGUAUUUCCAUGCAGUGUGUAUAUUGAGAUGCUGUAACUUAAUGGCAAUAAAAGAUUUAAAUAUUUGUUAAA